AACUCUGAAUAAACUUAAGGAAAUAUUACCACACCUGUAUUACUUUCACGUAUGAAUAGUUACAGUCGAUAAAAAUUCCCUCAGGGACACAUUACUCGACGGUAAAAUUUUACUGUAGUAAAUAAAUCCAGUCAAACAGUCUCGGUCUUGCUAACAAGCUGCUAAUUAACGUUACGUGACACGUGAACUCGACGAACUUCCACGCUAAUAUGUUAACUAACGAAAAACUCAACGGACGUUUUAAAAAGUGGACACUAUUGCACUUAAGUCGACUGAAAUUAGUCUUAUGUGACCUUUGCUCACAAACAAAACAAAAAUUAGUUACCAUAUUAACGGCCAUGGCUCAGCAGUUUUUUGGAAAUUUAGGGUCCAUGACAUUACAGUCAACACCUAAAGCCAGUCAUCAGCACCAUGCAUCAGCAAAGGUGUCAGAUGAUGGGAAUAACUCGAUAGGUGAGACGAUGUCAUAUGGUACACUGGAUGAGGGCAUCGAGCAGCAAAGCGAGGACUCUGGUAUCUCCGUUUCAAAAUCCUCAACUGGAAGUUCACCGGUCAACAGUACUGUGGAAGAUGUUGCGGUGCAGUCUCCAACAAAUUCAAGAAUCGAUGAUAUUGGAAAAAGAGCACAGGACCUUAUCGAGAGGAUCAAUGAGAGACGGGCCAUGGAUCAACAUGUGAUAAACAGCUUUGAGGAGAAACUCCUAAAAAAGGUGGGUGAGAUAUGUCAGCAGGUUAAGGAGCAGAUGUUUGACUAUUAUGAGCAGCACAGUCAGGGGUUGCAGGCCAGCAUCACUGAACUCUCUGAGGUUCUGGAAAGAAGCAGUCAGCUCAGCAUGGAGUUACAGGAAGCCAGUCAAACCCUUGAAGCCAUUAAUAAAGGCCUACAGCACAGCACAGAGCAGUAAAGGUUUAACAUAAACCAACGGUGCUCUUUGUAAAGCUUAACAGCAAUAACAUAAUAUGAGAAAACUGUUAGAAUUCAUUCUAUACAUUUAAUUUAAUAUGAUUUUAUUUAUAUAAUUAAUAGAGGUAGUGAGUUUUGUUUAUGAGAUUUGUUCGAUAUAUCGGUUUAAAGUUGAAUUGCUAUGUUGUUCAGAUAGAUGUGCAGUACUUUGGAGGGACAUGCUAAAGUUUAUUAGCAUAAUAUGUGUUAAUAUUUUUCUGUAUGAAAUGUGUUUGUUUGAAAUACACAUUUUAAGCUUCACAUUA